AUGAACGUGGUCGGGGGCUACCAGGGCCACCCCCACCCGCACCACCACCAUCCGCACCACCCGCACGGCGCGCUGCUGCACGAGCCCUUCCUCUUCGGGCCGCCGCCGCCGCCGCCCCCCGCGCGCUGCUUCCAGGCGGCCGAGCGCCCCUUUGCGCAAAACUGGCUGCUCAACGCGGCGGCGGCGGCCGAGCUCCCGUCGGAGCUGGGCGGGCGGCUGGCGGGGCGGCGGCGGGCGGCGGCGGCGGCGGCGCCGGGGGCUCCGCGCAAGGAGCGCCGCCGCACCGAGAGCCUGAACAGCGCCUUCGCCGAGCUGCGCGAGUGCAUCCCCAACGUGCCGGCCGACACGAAGCUUUCCAAGAUCAAGACGCUGCGCCUGGCCACCAGCUACAUCGCCUACCUCAUGGAGGUGCUCGCCAAGGACGGCCCCGCUGCCGAGGGCUUCAAGGCCGAGCUCAAGAAGGCCGAGCCCCGCGACGCCAAGAGGAAGCGCGAGCAGCAGCCGCCCGAGGUUUAUUCUCCCUCUUUAGGCCACGGAGAGAAACGGCUUAAAGGCAGGACUGGUUGGCCUCAGCAGGUCUGGGCGCUGGAAUUAAAUCAAUGAAACCCGGAGUUUUAAGCCGAGAGCACGAACCCCAAAUGUCUUCCGGGCAGAGGCGGCGGCGGGGGCCUUCUU